UUGAAAUGUCAUUUCUGUAUCAACUGUAUCCGUAUAAAAUGAUUUGUUUUGUUUGCAAUUCCAACGUUGAUCAGAAUAGCUAUACUAACAUGUUUUUCAUAUCUCUUCCACACAUUCAAAACCUUAUGGUAAAUUUUGUAUUAAAAGUACUUAAAUUAUCGCUUUCCGACCUAAGCAGCAAUUAUAUCUGUGUAAGAUGUUACAAUUUAUUUGGAAUUCUUGAACAAGUGCAGUGGACAGCCGCAAACAUACAAUCAGAAAUUUUAAAAAUUUUUGAAAACCGCAGCAAUCAAAAAUCGAAAUUAAUCAAGCUUACGCCAAGUGUCUCAGAAAUGGAGAAGGUCGACGAAAAACAUUAUACAAAUGAAAUAGUCUGGAAUCAUCUAUCGGACAAAGAUUUGAUCUCGUUAAGCAAUGUUACAAAUAAAAUUAUACAAAAUUAUGUGAUAUCUAACGAAGUGGAUAUUCAGUUUAAUAAAACAUCGUAUGGGAUGUCGAACGACGUAGAAAUUCAGAAUAGUAAUAAACCGUCUGUGAUAAGUAACGAAGAAGAGUCCAAAAUAACAAACUGCGUUGCCAUUCAACAAUGCUUAGAAAAUGACAAGGUAUCUGAUGUGUCGUGUAAUAUGGAGUCUUUAAAUUCAAAAGAUCCAACCACUAAUAUACUUUCCGACACCAUCGUAACUGCCGACGUUGACAAAAAAUCUAACUCUGAAUGGCAGAAUACGAAGGAUAUUUCAGAUUUACAAAAUGAUGCCAAUGACAAUAAAAAUUUAAAUUCUGCAGAAAAUUCGGAGAACCCAAGAAUAAAUUCCAGUCAUAGAAUCCAGUCAUCGUGGAAGUCGGGUAGAAUCUCUAAGUACAGCCAGAAACUUUUAAAGCACAGCUGCCCAACUUGUAACAAAAAGUGGCGAACAUCCACAGAGCUCAAAAUCCAUAUGAAGUCUCACUCUAACUUGCGACCUUACAUGUGUGAAAAGUGUGGACAAGCUUACAAGCACAAACACGCAUUAGAGAUUCAUGUGGGCAUGCAUAAUGGUGUGAGUCCUUUUCGCUGCAGUCAUUGCAAUAAAUGUUUUACGCAGAAAGGUGCGUUACAUAGACACUUGCCAAUGCACACCGGUGAAAUGCCUUAUCAGUGUGAGUUGUGCGGCAAGAGAUUUGUGCACCACACAAGUUACAACAUGCACGCACUAUCGCACACAGGGAAAAAAUCUUACAGUUGUCACGUGUGCGAUCUUUCAUUACUGUCCACCUCGCAUCUGAAGCGACAUAUGCGUGUUCACUCGGGCGAGAAACCAUACACUUGCAGCGUUUGUGGCAAAAGCUUCGCCGAGCGCUACAAUCUAUUGGCCCACCAGAAGAUCCACGAUCCCCUGCAAACGACCGUUAAGGAGAUCAAAAGGAAUCAUUACAAGUGAGUACUUGAACGCGAGGAGAUGUCAUUGUUAUUGCCAACGCAACCUAUUCCAAUUCAAUACGAGCAAUUAUGAAAUGUUUCGCGUGGGGUGUUGGUGAUGUCUAUAAAAAGUUAU